GUCGCGGUUUGGCGCGCAAACCAGUCGGACGUGUUGUCCGCCAUUUUGAAUUUCGUAGUGCCAGUGUUGUGAUUCUCGUUUUUGUGUAGCCUGGAUGUGCUAGUGUUGUGAAAAGUUGCUAAACUGUGUCUGGCACCUACCCCUGUUUUGACGCAGUUAUAGGCGGCGCGUUGAAGAUCGGCGGAGACAACCCCCGCCACGCUGCCGUCAUGACACUGCACUGGUGGAUGCACUGGUUCUGGGUGACGACGCUGCUCACCAUACUAUGGAGCUGCCAAAUAACCGCUGCGCCCCAGUCCGAGGAACUUCAGCACCUAACCACCGACAUAGAAAUAGAACCCAGCGACCGGCAGGGCCGGGCCAUGUACUUCACAAAAACACCCAUGUCCACCACCAAACCCCCCAACAUUACUGCCAAUCAAACUGACGAGCUUAUUCAACCAAUUCAGAAUGUAACAAACGCUACAACUGAGGCACCGGUAGUGCCCCUAAAUGCGACAGAUAACAAAAAUGUGACAGAAACGCUGACAGCGCCAAACGCGACGCUUUCCAACGCUACAGCGGCGCCAGAGCCCACUAAUUUAACUGACACGCAGAAUGCAACAUUCCCAUCGAAAAGGAGGAAUCUAACGCGGCCCGAUGUAGUAAAAGCAGAUACUAUAGAACGGACAUCAGAAAGCAGAAUAGUGACUGACAGACCUUUGUCUUUAGAAACUCAGAAUUUCCUGCAGACUCGCAUCCCGCCGAACAUAGAAUCUUCCCGAAGAGUGAUCGAGCAGGAAGGCGGUAUGGACACGGGUGCCAUAGCUGGGAUAUCGUUUGCUGCGUUAGUUCUGGGCGCGCUGGCUGGUAGCACGGCCUUCGUGCUGUACAGACGGAGGUACCUGAAUAAGCCACAGACGUUGAAUGAUAAAUGCUCGAAUCCAGACUCUAGCGGGUAUCUUGAUGACAGCACUAUACGGGACAACUCCGAAGAGAUGUACAGCCUCGACAACGACUCGUUCCUCAACUCGCUUGAAGCCAUGACCAUCCAGAACUACUGGACUGACACCGUCAAACACACCAAGCUGUAGGCAAUAGCGGAUCUAUCUCUUAGAAAUGUACGGCGCUGUUAGGGGUGUAUACAAAGUAUGUCAUUUUGUAUGAGGAGAAAAAAGUGGCGCUUUAUACCCAUCGAGCUAUGGGGUUAGUAGUUUGAAAUUAUCUUUAAUACAGCAAAAUAUCCUCAGUUCCAAAUAGAUUAAGUACCUAAUACUUAUAUCUCAUCGUAAUACUUUCAAUAAGUGUGUCAUUAUUCGUAUUUUUAAGUAAAACGGCGCGGUUAUUGAAUUACAAGUCAUGGAAUUGCAAUAGGAUUCAAAAUAAACAAUUAGAAAAAUAAUUUGCCACUUGUGUGGUUCCUCUACGGUUACUGAGUGCCGGCGAGUCGAGCACUACAGAACCAGUCUAAAAUGUGUUAUCGAGAUGCGUAACAAACGGGCGUUAUCGGAAAGCGCACCUACACUGGUUUUUUGAGCGUUGGACUAGCCCGCUCAGGUGCCAAUUAGAAAUUAUACGUCUCUUUUUUGCAGGUAAUGGCACGUGCGGUUUUACUUAACAAUAGACAUAGGAUUACCCGUUCGGGGCCGGCUACAAAUCGAACGACUAUAUUAAUGAUUUUGACACAAAGGUCUCUAAAUCCCAAAUUCCUUACCUCUGAGCUCGAUGGUGCUAUAAGAUAAAGAUAUUUGUUUGACAUGCAAAAAUGUCUCGUACGACCAUCUAAUUGUCGUAAAGGUUUCGUAUUCAAUGACUUGUCUGCUUUUGGGCUCCCAAUAGCAAAGUAUGUUUAGAAAUGUGAUUCACUCGAUUCUUAAAGAACCCUUCCAAAGUGAACUGUAGUUAAGUAGAUGGUGAUUUUUUAUUUUCAUCAAUAUUUAAACUGUCUACCGCCUGGUUUGAAAUUGACGGUGGUAAUUAAAGUAUUUUUCAAUGUAAGAUAGGAUAAAAUACAGAACUUUGAAAUUGCUUGUAUUUUAUGCUAUCAAGAAAAAAAUAUGAAGUGUCUAAUGCAAAUGAAAAAUAUAAGUGAUUUUCAAAGUAUUUAUUGACGACAUGUGUAAUGUACUAUAGGUACCUAUAUCUUGACUUUUGUAAACGACAUUAAUCAGAACUCUGAUACCUAUUAUUCCUAUUAACAUUUUUGACCUAAACCAAAAUUGGCCACAUUGGCAAAUAUAUCGUAAGAGUUUUUUUUUUGCUACUGCUAGGGGCAAGAGAGACAGUAUGGGGACUUCGUUUAAGUGUUUUUCUUGCCCCAAUGUUUCUCGUACCCCAUUUAAACUUAACUUAUUUAAAAUUGAUAUUAAUUGUUCUGAUGUCGAUGGUUUGAUUUUUCCCCUAAGCUUACUUAUCUGCUUUAAGAAAUUGCGACUUCAGUACCUAUAAUAUGAAAUGAGAACAAUAAUCUUAAUCAGAUUCGUCAAACGAAUGUCUGUAAAAAUAAACCCCAGGAUAUAACAUGUCUUGUCUGUUAUAAAUAAGAAUGUGACGAUUUAUUAUUAAUUAAUAUUAAUAAUCGGUGUGAACUUUUAACUCGGGUAAUUAUUAAUUUAUAUUAGUAGUUGUCGAUUCGUCAACACUUCUGUAAAUAGUACAUAAUGUGAUAAUUAUUUUUAGACUUGUUAUAACAUGAUUUUUUCUAGAUUUAGUGUUAUAGUAUCUACUAUUAUUUCUUACCGCUUUUACACUAUUUUUAAGUUUUAACUUUAUUGAUUUAUUAAACUGAUUAACUAAUAAUUUGACGAUUGGAAUUGACAUUUGAUUAUUUAUGCUAUUGCUUAUUUAAAUAUUGUUUGACCAGUGAUUUUUGAUGUCUAUUAGCUUAGGUACGUGUUAAUGAUCUCAAUUAUAUCAAUGUACUGCUAGAAGAUGAGGUAUUAAAGCUUUUAAUGAAACCCCUUCUUCUCAUGUACUUACUACUAAGAUGUGGACAUUUGUGAUCAUUGUGAUUAUGACUGGAUCAUGGAUGUGUAAUCUUUUUUUUUUAUCAAAAUCUAGCUAUUUGGAAGAAGCAUGCAAUUGGCGGUUUUCUUAUAAAAUUAUAUAAAUAUUUUACUGUGUAUAUGCCAAAAACAGAGAUCAGAUCUAACUGGUUUCACCGAUGUUAAACGCAAUUUUACGUACCUAACAUACUUUGAUAUUAUGAUCUUUAUACUUAUUAUAGUAUGUAAGGUACAUAUUACCUACCCGACAUUUUGCAAAAUGUUUCUUUUGCUGAAAUAUGGCUGCAAUGUCUCAAUGUCAUUCUUUUUAAGAUAACUAUUUGUCCACAAAUCUCGUAUUUAUCGGUUUUUGUUACUUUAUGUAUAAUAGAUAUUUUAAUAUAUACAUUGUAUUGUAUAUAACAACUAUUGUCUCUCUUAAUUUUGAUCGGUCUUCAAAAACAACGCGCAUUCCAUGUCCUCUUUUGACUUGAAAGAUAAUAUAGAACGUGAAUUAUAAUUAUAAAGUACAAUCGGUGAAGUGGAAAUCCAGCCCAUAUGUCACAGAGACAGAGUUGACAAAUAGAGAGAGGUACACUAGAGGGUGUUUAGGUGGCCCAAUUUUCCGCACAAGCUGAUUAAAUUGGCAACUUAUAUUUUUGAUUUGAACGCAAAAAUGAAAAAGAAGGACAUUGGAUCGCAGAUACGCUAGGUAACACUGAAAAUCAGAUUUCUGAUCAAAUUGGUAAUUUAAUUGUUCCCUCUGGACGGGCCUUAAGACAAAACUGAGACGAGACGAUUUAGAACGCAUACAUACUUAUUAAAGUAGGUUUAAGCCAUUGGCCGCUCAAGUACAGUUAUGAAAUACCUCUGCCUAUCUUUCAUCUCUGCCGGCCUAGCCAAGGUUACAAUCGCUAUCGCUUCGACAACGAAAAGCAUUAUCUCUCUCUAUCACUCUUCCAUAUUCGUGCGACAGUGACAGUUGCGUUUCGAUCGCUACGGAGCGUAAGCGAUCGGCAUCUUGGCUACGCGGUCUGUACGACACUCACAGCGACAAAUAACAUGACAUGAUAUUUAACUAGGUAGAUAGGUAGUAUAUAUACAUAGCCCCCUAAUGACUUUUUUUGCUGACUGUACAUGCGCGUUGUUUCCUAAAGACUGAUGUGUAAACACCUUUAUGCAUUAUUUCAUUUGCUUGUGAUUUAGACAUCCGUCCAUAACUUGUUUUGUCAAAUGAUUUGUUGCAUUUACUUUUUUUUCCUCGUUAUUAGUUUGCCUUGCACUAAUUGACCUAUCAGGAAUUAUAUUAAAACAUAAUUUUCGUAGCCACUGCGGUCAUAUCAAACUUAGUUGUACCUAACUUAGCGUUUCAAAUAAGAUUUGAAGUAAUAUAUAUUUAUGUAAAUCGUGUAAACUGCAUAAAUUUGUGUGAUUUAGAAGUAGUUUGAUGAGAAAAUAUGUACGACUAAGUAACUUUUGCACUUUCUGAUUCAAAACUUAGCGGGAUACAAAAAAGCCCGGAAUCCUAAAUAUUUAGUUAAUAAAAUCAUUAUAUCUUUAAACAAAAAUAUGUGGGUAGUUAUAAAAAGUUAAUUACCUUGAUAUAGGCCUACCUUAUUACAUUGUUUUAUUGUUAUAAAAGGAAUAAUAAGAUUGUUUAUUUGUAGGUUGCCUAUUAUUUUGACAACGGAUUAUAUAAAGUGAUAUAAGUAAUUAUAUAAUUUUAAAAUAUGCGUUUUAGUCUCACAGCAAGAGAGAUUUCAUAUAUAUUCUAACAACAUCCACAUUGUCAGUAGAAAAGGCGCCGCGUGAAAUCAAAUUUUCUACGGAAAGUCAACUCAUCGCGCCAUUUUUUUAAAUUUUCCCUUCUUUUCUUCUGACAAACUGGGUGUGCCAGAGGAGGAAUAUAAAACCACUUUUGUCUGUCAAGUUCUAUAUCAUCUACCCUCAUAAGUACCCGUAUCGGUGCUAAGAAAUUAUACGACAUUGAUACAUAAGCCACCAAAAUAUACAUAGAUGUAUCCUACCUAGUUUGCUCAUCAAAUGCAUUAAGUUGUAACUAGUAUUAUCUGGAUUAAAUCUAUUUUUACUGGAA